AUGACAGAAAAUUCAUGUGUAAAGCGCAUUCAGAAGGAAUGUAGAGCACUUUGUAAAGAACCUGUCUCCUAUGUUGUCGCCCGCCCUUCUCCAAAUGAUAUUAUUGAGUGGCAUUAUAUUUUGGAGGGGAGUGAAGGAACACCAUUUGCAGGUGGAUAUUAUUACGGGAAGAUCAAGUUUCUUCCAGAAUAUCCGUUUAAACCCCUAGGAAUCAGUAUGACUACUCCAAACGGAAGAUUCAUGACACAAAAGAAAAUCUGCUUAUCUAUGAGUGACUGUUAUACCGUCUGA